CCCAACCCUCUCUCACUUCCAAACUUCUCACUCUUCUCAAUCACUUCAAUCCACUCAACCAAUUCCACUUCACUCACAAUGUCCACCUUCUUCGAUACCCUCGGCAAGUCCUUCGUUGACGUUCCCGUCGACGCCGCCAACGACAAUGCCAUCCACACCACCGAGUUCCUCGACGCUGCCGAGUCCCUGACCACCCUCUUCGAUGUCCUGGGCUCUGCUGCCUUCAAGCCCGUCAAGUCUGAUAUGACCGGCAACAUCAAGAAAAUCCGUGACCGCCAGGUCGCUCAGCCCGGCGAGAGCCAGACCCUCCAGGAACUCGUCGUCAACGAGAUCAAGGAGAAGAAGCACACUGCUGCGGAAGGUCUUCUGUGGCUGACCCGUGGCCUCGACUUCACGGCGCAGUCGCUCCGCGCCAACGUCAACAACCCGUCGGAGGAGCUGUCGGACUCGUUCCGCAGCGCGUACGGCAACACGCUCAAGCCGCACCACUCGUUCGUCAUCAAGCCCAUCUUCAGCGCCGCCAUGAGCGCCACGCCCUACCGCAAGGACUUCUACGCCAAGCUCGGCGAGGACCAGGCCAAGGUCACCGAGCAGCUCGAGCAGUGGCUCGCCGCGCUCGAGAAGAACGUCGCCAUCAUCAAGGCCUUUGAGGAGAAGAAGGAGGCUAAGUGGUAAAUCUCGCCGUCCAACCUUCGGAUAUCUUGCUUGGGAUAGGCGGGCGUGGAAAUUAUGCAUGUAUCCUUCAGCGUCAGCAUUGAGCGCUAUCAAAUCAAAUCAAUCUUGAAGCCAAUCAUCGUCUUCGCUGUUUCUGUGAUUUGUACGGUUCUUAUGCGUGCAUACCCGGAAUGAUAGCGCUGGUAC